CUGGAUAUUCAACAAAUCAGUAAGAACAUCAACUCGGUUCUUGCUUAUCGAGAGUGAAUCCAAGGAAGAGGAUUGUUUACAGAAGACUGAGAGAGCCUAAAAGUCCCUCUGCACGAGCUCCACUUUACAGCUUCCAUUUUAUCAGUAGAAAGAUUUGGGUUGAAGAUACCGCGCCUUGUCCUUCUCUCCAGAGCUUCGCGUCUUACACUGCGUUCUUGUUUCCAGCUGAACUAAAACUAACAGCUACGAGUAAGGAGAUGAGAUUAGUUUAAGUUUUGCAAAUUAGUUUAAGUUCAAGUUUUUUUUUUGUUACCGACGCUGAUCAGGAGGAUUGAUGUAGUGGUGAACGGUACGGACUCUAAACACUGGAUCCAGGAGAAGCUCUACGUGCUUAAAAGAAAGCUCAAUACAAUAAUAUUUGGUAGUAUGUGGCCUUAAAGUGUUGCUUCGUGAGCAAAUGGAUUAUUGAUCUAUCAGAGGAAGAGGAGAUACGAGCAGCAAACCCUGAGAGAUGGAGGCUGCUGCAGGAUUCCUGCUGCUGCUCACUUUGAUGUGUUCAAGUCUAAACACGGUGCACUCAGGCCACAGGGUGAACUGUGCAUGUGAAAAUACGUAUACAGACUCCUGUGUAGGGUUUGUCUGCUUCUUCACCUGGAACCAUGGGCAGGUUACGAAGGGCAGCUUUGAGAAGGAUCAGAUGGAGCAGUGCAUCGCCAAUGGGAUCCCCAACGUGUUCGUCAAGUGUUGCUACACUGAUUACUGCAAUGCCAACCUGACAUUACCUGAGAAACCAGUGGAACCAAGUGAAUCUGGCAGUGUGAUCGUGCUGGUGGUCGUGCCGCUGCUGGUGCUGCUUUUGCUAUCCAUAACAGUGUGCAUCUUUGUGUUGUGGCUGCGCUCCAAACGACAGCACGAUCUGCAGGAACAUCACCCCCCCAUGCUGAAACUGCCCAGUGGGGCAGACCCAACCUAUGGGGAUAUUUUUGAUGAGUUUUGCACAUCAGGCAGUGGCACUGGCCUGCCUUACCUGGUGCAGAGGACCAUGGCUCGUCAGAUCUCCUUAGUGGAGUGUGUUGGUAAGGGGCGUUAUGGAGAGGUGUGGAGGGGCACGUGGAUGGGGGAGAACGUGGCUGUGAAAAUCUUCUCAUCUCGAGAUGAACAGUCCUGGUUCAGAGAGACUGAAAUCUACAAUACUGUCCAAUUAAGACAUGAAAACAUCUUGGGAUUCAUUGCCUCAGACAUGACAUCGAAGAACUCCAGCACACAGCUCUGGCUGGUUACUCAUUUCCAUGAGCUGGGCUCUCUCUAUGACUUCCUGCAGUACAGCCUCUUGGAUCCGGAGACAUGUUUGUGCAUGUGCUUAUCGAUAGCCAGUGGCCUGGUGCACCUUCACACAGAAAUCCUCACCACUCAGGGGAAGCCAGCCAUCGCCCACCGUGACCUCAAAAGCCGCAACAUCCUAGUGAAGAGGAACGGCCAGUGCUGCAUUGCUGACCUGGGUCUGGCUGUCAUUCAUUCUCAGUCCAAUGACUACCUGGAUGUAGGGAACAACCCAAGGGUGGGAACCAAACGCUACAUGGCCCCUGAGGUCCUAGAUGAGAGUAUCCGUGUGGACAUCUUUGAAUCAUACAAGCAGACUGAUAUUUGGGCUUUGGGACUGGUUUUGUGGGAGAUCACCCGUCGAACCAACGUAAACGGAAUUGUAGAGGAGUAUCGCCUGCCGUUUUUUGACGUAGUGCCCUCCGACCCCAGUUUUGAAGAGAUGAAGAAGGUGGUGUGUGUGGACCAGUACAGGCCAUGUCUUCACAACCGACUGCACUCCCAUCCGAUUCUGUCAGCCAUAGCUAAAAUUAUGAAGGAGUGCUGGUUCCAAAGUCCCUCGGCUCGCCUCACUGCCCUGCGUGUGCGUAAGACCCUGGCAAAGCUGGACCAAGACCAAGACUACAGCACAGACAAACUCAAAUUGGAUGUCUAGAGGUCUGCUCCUGCUUAAUGGACACAAGUUACAGAACAGGUGCCAGAACCCCUCUUAGCCUUACAUGUCUUAGCCUUAAGAGCAGCAUCUGACCUGAGUUGAUUCCUAGAGCUUCAGCCGAGGAGGCCAUAAAGCUGAUGGACUGACUGAACUCAGAGCUGUGCUUCUCCUCUGUACUGCAAUAUUACCGUUGAAGGAUUUACUGUGCUUUUCAGCACAGUGACUCAGUUGUAAGUGAAAGUGAGCCAUGGCUGAAAGUACUCCUUAGGGUCGAGAGAUUUGCACAUGUUUUUCUGUCAGUGUUUUUUAUGAAUGUGUUUGUCAGGAUAUGAGCCAUACUGGACUUCCCAGUGGAGGAGUUUCCUGAAAUUCCUUCAUGACCUUGUCUCCCUCCUCCUCUUAGGUUCUAAAUGUCUUAAAUGAGGACACCAUGUACUUUGUUCCACCAUGUAUAUUUUAUCCAUUCCAUAGUCAUGAUGAAAACAUUUGGAGUGACCAUAUCUUAAAUACAUCCAUGAAUACAUACUGAUAUAAUAACACACAAGCGAUAAUCAUUCAAAUGUAAGACUUAUACUAUAUGUUAUUGCUAAAUAAUUAUGUUUCAGACUAGAGGUAUUUUACAUGGUAUAUCCAGUGUGGAAAUAUCCAGUGUGCAACCCUAUGCAACAUGCAAUAUAUACAUAUCGUGCAUACUUACAGGGCAUUGUGGUGCCCCUUCUCCACUAUACAAACUUUAUACUUAUGGUUAUGGUAUAUCUUUUAAUGUUUCACGUUUUAAGAUAUGUUUUCUAUUUGUAAAAGACUUCAUUUGUAAUGUUUUUGCACAAAAACAAAUUUUCACUAAAAAUAACGGUAUUUAACAAAAUAAUAAAAAAAUAUAUUAGGUUAUUCAA